AGAGUAAACGUGUUUAAAAAAUUGUGAAAAAUACUAAACUAUCAUAAAUAGACACGUAUAAUAUAUCAGUAUAUUAAUAAAAAAUACAUUUAAUUAUUUGUGCUGUGUGAAGUUUUAACUUUAAAAGUAAUGUCUACUCUGGAGGAUAAGAUUUUAGGAGAGAAACUGCAAUAUUAUUGUAGUAGUUCCAGUGAAGACGAAAAUGAUACUGGAGAAUCCGAUAAAGAAUAUGAUGAUAUGAAGUAUACAGAAAAUACUGGACAAUAUGCUGUACCUUCUUAUUCAGAAUGGGAGGGAACUUCCAGCAACACAGGACCUAAAGGUGUCAUAAAGGAUUGGCAACGAUAUAAACAACUAGAAGCUGAGAAACGAGAAUUACAAGAAAAGGAAAGAUUACAAUUAAUAAAGAAAUUAAGUUUAACAUGUCGCAGUGCUUUAGACGAGGAGAAAGAAAAACUCAAUGAAACAGAUCCAGACCUAGCUAAUUUACUAGCUGAUGAAUUCCUUCUAGAAUACCAAAGACAAAGGAUGAAAGAGAUGCUUUCAAAAGCAGAGAAACUUCAAUUUGGGAAAGUUAUUAAUUUGGAAAGCACAGACCAGUUUCUACAGGCUAUUGAUGAAGAAGAUAAAUCAGUGACUAUUAUUGUUCACAUUUAUGAAGAUAAUAUACCUGGUUGUGAAGCUAUGGAUGGAUGUUUAAUAUCACUUGCCGAAGAAUAUCCUCAUGUGAAGUUUUGCAGAAUUUUAGGAUUAACUGCUGCUCUCAGUACACAAUUUAAAAAAUUUGGCACACCAGCUUUGUUAGUGUACAAAGAAGGACAAUUGAUAGGAAACUUUGUACAUGUGACAGACCAUUUAGGAAUAGACUUUUAUUCAUCAGAUGUGGAAGCAUUCCUUAUCGAACACGGAAUACUUACCGACAAAAAUUGCAUACCUCUAAUUAUCUCAAAGAAUGAAAUCAAAGACUCUGUUAGUGAAUGAAAGAAAUUUUGUAUCUGCUCGUGUCUUAGGAUAAUUUAUUGAAAUUUAUUUUAAUUACACGAAUUCAACAAGAAAUUUAGAAUACUAUUAGGAUUCCUUAUGAGGAAUAAAUACGAGGAUUAUAAAAUUACCAACUGUUGGUGAGUUGUACAAUUCAUAAUUAGUGAAUUAUUUCCUAUAUUAACUAAAUUGUAUUAACUAAAUAUAAUUAACCAUCAGAUUUAUCAAAAGAUUUACAAAUCAAUAUACAAAACUCAAAUAUAAAUACAAAAGAAAGUAAGAUAUAAAACCAAA